GAUAAGACGAGAACUGACAUGGCGGACAAUUUGAGAAAAGCUGUGACUUCACUAACUGAAGUAGUGUUUCCUGCCUCCAGGUCAGCACGAGAGGGUCAACAACAUCACGCAUUACGCGCAGGGACAGAAUAUGUGACAAAUCUUCCACUUCAGAUGGCACUAUACUUCAAUGUCUUCUACUUCCCACUAUGGUUGAUAUCUUCUAUAAUAACACUAGAAGCAAAGUAUACGGCCCUGACAACAUUAUAUAGGAUCAUUAUCAUAGCUGCUUUGGUUGUCAUGACAAUGGUAGAGCUGAUACGACUAUAUCUAGGUUACCUUGGAAACCUCACUGAAAAGGUUCCAGAGUUGGCAGGUUUUUGGCUACUCACCCUCCUACUGCAGCUCCCCCUGGUGUUGUUUCUCCUAUUCAACGAAGCCACGAUUAUUCUACCAUUAGAACGUGCCAUGAACAUUGUGAUGUCGCUGUUUGUAUUAUUUGAAGUGAUUAUUGGAUAUUUUGCAAUACAGAUCAUGGUGAAUCACCAGGUUGCUAAAUUUCAUUUACAACAAUUUCACAAUCUGGAGAAUAUUGGGGCUCAUGAAGGUCAUGAGUUUGAGGAUAAUACAAACCACACGGCUUAGUCAAAUCUUGUGUAUUCAACUAUCAGAUAAUGUUGUCAACACUGUAUUGUUGUAUUUUAUGGAACAUUGGUACUCAGGAAGAACAUGAGUUUGAGGAUAAUACAAACCACACAGCUUAGUCACAUGUUCCUCUGUGAACAUAUUGCACUUAAUACAUAAAUGCCAGUUCUCCAACCAGCACAUUCAUAUGUGUAAUUACUAAC